CACAGUAUGAAAUCGUCCACCGUACAGCGACGACGCGUUGAAGUCGAUUUGCGGGCGUGAUUAGAGAGCUCGGGAGAAAGAUAGACGCAGACGGAGAGACGUCCGAGCCUUGACCGCGUGUGUCAGAGUGAAUAACCGAUUAUUCGGGGCCGAUUUUCACUAGCGAUAAGAGACGCUCCCGAAAUACGCAUCGAAAACGUUACGACGGCGGUUGUUAUAAAUAAAUUUGAAUCUCCGAACGAAGGACCGAGAGGAAGAGAACGGCGACCGCUCGCUGACCGGUUUUAAACUCCGGACAAUGGCGGCUCACGGGAGACAGGUGGCUGCUCUUUUGCUGUUGCUGCAACUUACAUCGUACGCAAAUGCCGACCAUCUAGAUAUAUUGCCGAGUAGCGAGGUUCUAAUCAAACCCAUCGGAUCCAGCAUCCUGUUGACAUGUAUGCCCAACGUCACCAAACCCAAUCUGAUCAGCGACAUGAAAUGGUUCGACUCCCAGAAUCGAGAGAUCGAACCCUUCAGAUUAGGCGUCUUGCCAAUGGAAAGCGCUAUUCGUGGAAUUUCGAAGCCGCCAAUGUACACGGAAACUCAUCCGGGUAAUGGACUUGCACUUUUCUUCAAUUCUCUGCAAGAAGAACAAGAUGGUCAAUAUACCUGCAAGGCUAAUUAUGCCAACACCGAGACUCUCUCCAAAAAUAUUACGAUCCAGACAAUUGUUGGAAUAACCUGGGUUGACGCGCCUCUAAACCAGUAUCCAAUACUGGGUGAAGACUUCGCAGUAAAGUGCAACGUACGGGCGAGACCAUCGCCGACGGUCGACUGGUUCUACAACGGAGAUUUGAUAACGACGGAUAAUCACUACAUAAUUGAGACACACGCACUGAAAAUAAAGAACGUGCAAGAAUCGGACGACGGCGUUUACACUUGCCGAGCUUCAGUCGUUACCACCGGCGAGCUCGACACGCGAGCAAUCCGAGUCGAAGUGCACAUUCGACCUGAGAUCCAGGAACUGGAAUCGAUGGUAGAGAUAAUCGAAGGUGAGAACGCGAACAUUGCUUGCAAGGCGACGGGAAAACCCCCGCCGAAAUUCUCCUGGGUGAAGUCAUUGACGCAGCAGAACAUGGCGACGGCGGACAGGUUCGGGGUCGACGAAGACACGGGAAUACUGAUGAUAACCAACGCGAAUCGCAACGAUGCCGGGGAGUAUCAGUGCAAGGCUAAGAAUGCGGCCGGUGAGGCGACCAAUGUAAUCCAGAUAGAGGUAAUCGUCAAACCCAAGAUCAUGGAGUACCUUAACGUGACCGAGGCUGUCAGCAAGAAGGCGGUGAUGACCUGCAAAGCUUUCGGCCGACCUCCGCCUGUGGUCACCUUCAGAAAACAUACGUCAGACAAGGAGUUCGUCGUCGGCAGGCAGCUGGACAACGAUAGGAUCUUUCUUGAGAACACGAUUGACAAUGCAUCGUGGGUCACGACCGGUCAACUGACGAUAGACGUCCUUCGUCGUUCCGACGAUGGACUCUACGAGUGCAAGGCUCACAACAAGGGCGGCGACGCUUGGAAAAACGGACACAUCACUGUCGAGUAUCCACCCAACUUCGAGUCGAUGACCAACCACACUGUGUGGUCCUGGAACCAGCGCCCCGUAAACCUUACCUGUAUCGCCAACAGCAUACCGAACGCUACGAUUCGGUGGCAGUUCAUGACUCGCGAUACCGUCAACGACCCGAGGUUUAGACAAAUCGGUAACGGCCCGCAAUCCAUUCUCAAUAUCGAUACCCGGGACAGUAGGUACUACAAUGAAUAUAAGUGUAUUGCCUCCAACAUACAUGGAACUCGAGAGUAUACCUUCAGUCUCAAGGAAGGCCAAAAGCCGGGAAAACUUAUGAAGGCUCGUAUAUCCGAGAUCACUGCUACCACGGUCAGCUUCGAACUCCUGCCAUCACCAACGCAUCCUGACCUGCCCGUAAAAGCCAUCACAGUUCAAUAUAAGGAGAUCAAUCAUAUCUGGUCAUCUGCGAAAAACAAGACUUGGGCUGUUGGUUCGCCCUAUAUUCUAGAAGGACUUACGCCGGAAAAAUCAUACGUGUUUAGAUUUAGCGCGAAUAACGAAGUUGGUGACAGUAAUUGGGGUAACGGUCUCGACGCUACGACACCCAGGCGAUCAGCCCCCAGAAAGCCAGAAAUCCUAAACACAACGACUGUCAACGAUCGUCAGUUCCAUCUCAGGUGGAUAAUACCGAUGGACAACGGGGAGCCGAUCGAUUAUUACGAGAUCCGAUAUUGCCCGAUCGCUUUAGUCGGAGAAAACUGGGAGGUACAGGACGCAAGCUGUAAGCGCGAGGAAGUCAAGAGCGCCAUAAAGUCGGACUUUUGGCUGAAGAAUUUGCAGCCAGACACACGUUACAGAGUCGAAGUUAAAGCGCACAACGCCAUGGGAUACAGUCUGCCCGGCAGCACGGACUUCAAAACGCUUCCAGACGUUAUCAAAGUGACGGAACACGAGGGGCCCCUCAUCUCCAGUGCAGCAAUUAUUGGGAUCGUUAUUGCUGUUCUUUUUAUCCUGAUCAUCAUUAUCGACGUUAUCUGUUGCUGUGCGAAUAAAACAGGAAUCAUAUUUUACGUGUGUGAAAGGUCCCGAAGAAAACCAGUCGAUGAGGACGAUGCAAAACUUGGAAGUUUGUACAGUUGGCGGUUUCCCGUGCCAUAUUGUGACCAAAAAAUGGCGAAUGUCGCCGGUGUAACAUCGAUGUCAGAUUCAGGCAGUGGAAAAAAUACGAUUAAAUUAGUCAAACAUACCGUUAUAGAAGAGAAAGAGCCUCUUAGGGAGGAAAAAAAGAUUACACCAAUCAUCGAUUCGGGUCUGCGACGAGAGACGUCUGUUAAUUUCAAUGGAAAGACAUCUGUCUCAAAAACUGGCUUAGUGGGUAAAGACUCAGCUGUCUAGAUAUUCUUCCGGCGUACUAGAUUGUGAAAUAUUUAUUAAUAAUAUGUUAUUUUAUCAACUCUCUUGGAUUUUCUAUUAUUGUUUUCCUUUUUGACACUUCCGACACAGUUCAAAUAUCACCAACAAAAAUAUAAAAUUGAAUUAAGUUUAACGACAACAUAAUAGAUGCAAAAAUGAAUAAUUGUCAUCGAAUUUGAAACUGAAUUUUGUCAACUGUACCCUGAUCGUAAAUGUUCAGCUGCACAAAUCAAAUACGUUAAGCAUCAGCUAUCAACCAAGUCGAUUGAUCUACUUGUAUAAAAUUUUUACUCGAAAUGUUUGAAGCAGUUUGAAUGUAGUUGAAGACUUGAAUGCUGUUGAGAAAAUCUCUGUAACCCUUGUAAUCCUAAUCAAAGUUCUGUCUAUUCGAGCGUUCAGUUUUUCGACAGUGAACUAUGCCUUCUUGAAGAUAGAAUCAGAAUAGAAAAUAGCAAGAGGGAGAGACGAAAUAGCGAAACAAGCGAACUCGUAAUACCAUUUUAUGUAUUUGAGAAAGGGGAUUUCUUUGAACAGUUGUGAUUCGAUAUAACCUGCAAGUACCUAUUUUAUUCACCCUAGGAAAACAUGUCGAAAACUAAAAGAGAUACAGGGAAGUUUUCUUUGAAAGUUGAAAGACCUUAAAGAAAAAUGAUAAAUCUAACAUGAAGAGAAUUUUGAAUCUUACCACUUCUCGAGUUUCUCAAAUAAUUCCUGAUUUAAAAAUUAUGAAUCAGAGACAAUUCAAGAGAAAUAAAAAAAUAUAAUUUCAUUAUAGUUUCACAGGAGAGUCUUCGAAAAUCGGAUUAAAAAUGAUUAAGUAAUCUAUUUUAUUAGUAAAACACAAUUAAUUCGUAAUUCUAUACUACAAUUUAUAGUCUGUGGCACUAGAUACACUAGAAAAAAAUUGCCCACAAUGAAAAUGUAUGUGCAGUAGAUGUUUGAACAUUUGCUUGUAACGAAACUCUUUUAAACAUCAUCUGGUUUCUCAAUUUCAUCACUGAGAUUUUUUUAUUUCUAUCAGACUAGUAGAAUGGAAUUUUGAAUUUAUCGCCAUUUAUAAAUAAAAUUGAUUGACAAUAAUUUCUCACCUAAUUUUUGUGGACACUUGCCUCGAGUUAUGUGGUGUAAAAGAUGGUUGUUUUUGUAUCUGCCUUCAAUCCCGCCAUCGCUGCUCAUAGUUAAAAUACUGGUUACUUAUUGUAAGUUAGGAAUUACUUGCAAAAAUUCGAUAUUUGUGUAAGUGACAAUAUCUACAGGUAAACUCAUAUCAACAUUAGCUUUUGCCGUUGAAGCCUUUCAAGUUCUGUGUAUCUCUUCCAGUUCCAGAGAUUUAUUCCGCUAGGAUGAUUAAAAUGUAAGUCCCCGUAUGUUUUACUAAGAUAACUUUAAUUAAAGUUCGCGUGUUGAGGUAGAUAUACGAAUAAAAAUUUGAGUUAAAUUUUUCGCAUGAAAUGAAAACAAGUAUGAAAUAAACUCCAAACACACGAUGAUGAUUGAAAUUGUCGUGAAAACGUUUCGCAAUUUUCGUGAAGAAGGAUAAAAGGGAUAUACUCUGUACAUAUACGUGUUGUAUUUCCAAUCAAUAUUUGUCAAAAAUAUUGUAUCGAAAGUAAGACUGCUUUAGUCUCACCCUCUUAGAUUGCUAUUAAUAUGUAAGACUUACGUCCAUCUCCUUUUAAUCGAGCUUCAUAGUGUCAGAAUUGAUCGAGUCUUAAUCGCAUAUAGUAUAUAAAAUACUUAAUUGAUACUCAUUUAAGAUAAAAUAAGAAAAUCAGGAACUGUCGGCCUUGUGUUUAACAUUUAGGUGGUAGCUCAGAAUCAAAAAUAUUCCUGUUUGUAAUAAACUACAACCGUAAACUUUUGCAAAGACUACAUUAGAAUUACAGUUUAUCGAUAGAUGCAAUAUAGGUUUUUUUUUUUUAUUGGGCUAAAGGACAAAUAAACACAUGGACGGAAGUAAGGAAAGAACUAACUUGCGUGACAGUAAUUUCCAUAACUUGGAUAUCAAAGUAUUAAAUCGCUAUGUGAUUAAUGUUCUUUGAUAACGAAUUUGCAGAAACACAGGAUUAUAUUUUAUAGGUGUAUGAACAGUUUAGUACGCUGGAUAAUAGAAAUAAUCAUCUGCGCUUUCGUAGAUGAUGGGGUGAAGUAAUGAUAAUGCUAACAAUGAUAAUAGAAGUAUUUCUCUGAAGAAUCGUACCUACAAUUAUUUGCAUUAUAUAUACAUGAUGUGUAAAUCUUAACUUAUGCACAUAUAACAAUGUAAGAAUACAAACCUAUGCGUACAUAUGUAAAUGCAUAGUUUUCAUAGUGAUGAAGCAGAAGAAAACAAAAUCACCAUUAUUCAUAGAUAUUAUAUGUAUAUGAAGAUCGUAUGAAAGUUUUUUUUAAUCACAUUUAUAUUUCGAGAUACAAAAAUUGAAAGAAGAAAAUGAAUCACACAAGUUUAAUUAGCAUUCUUAUAUAAUGUGUAACCUGUAUUUAUGUACCAUAAGUGUUGUUCAAAUGGAGUGACGGUUAAUCAGAAUGUCCACUUUCCAUAAUUAAUUAUUGCUCUAAUAUCAUCUGUCGUUUCUUUGAAGACUGAUUUCUUUAAGUAAAUUAAGAUAUCUGUCUCAUUUCCUGGAAACUGAGUAGUUUACUUGUUUAUCAAUCUUAAUUUUUAAUAAAUGAUUACUUUGAGCACGCUAUGUAAUCACGAAAAGUUACUUAUUUCAAAUGGCCGAUAAGUACUUCUAUAUUAUGUACAAUUAUACCGUAAUUAUGAACCAGUUGAUUUUAUCUACGGCCCUAAAUAUGUGAUGUGUAAAACUUGUAUAACUAAUGGUUAAUCGUUGUAUUUAGAUUUUAAUUUGAUAUCGUACUGUAUGCAUCAUAAUUCCUCCUUUCCUUCGUUUUAUUACUUUUAAUAUCUUAUUUUCAAAUCGCAACCAUAAUAUCGUAAUAACUUGAGAUAUAUUUUUCUCAAUUGUAAUCGUGUAUUAUAUAUAUAGGUAUAUAUAUAAUACAUCUCUAACAUUAUAUAACGCGUACCGUAUAACCUAAAAUAAUUGACGAAAAAAUCUCUCUAGAUGUAUGUAUAUAUAUAUAUACAAUGUAUACGUAUACUUAUAUACAUAUAUACAUCACAAUUAAAUAUUGUAUAAGCACUCUGUAUAAUGACAUUUUCUAGACCCCCACAAGAUUUAUCAUUAGAUAUUUCGCGUGACAAAUGCCAAAAGGACUUGUAUAAAAUUAUACGUCCUUUUUGCUUUGCAAAGCCAAAAGGGCGUAUAUCUUAAACAUACGCUUUUUUGGCGUUAGUACAUCAAAGAAUUUUUUUUACAUCUUUACGUUUUAAGCGAUUCCAAGUUUAAUGGCAAAAAAAAAUUUUUUUUCCGUCAUUUUAGCACAAAACCCUAUCUAACUGCUGUAAUAAGCCCUUUUGGCAUUUAUCAGGCGAUUUAUUCACGCAAAAUUUUCCUACAUUCAUUGAUUAAUCCCAGGGAAAUCGACCUCGAACUAUGCCUUAAUUUACUCGUCGGUGGUUUCUCUCGAUCGGGGUGAACAUAUUUUGGAAAAUACGAAAGAGAUAAGAAAGUUGUUGACACGAUUCAAAGAUGCUUGUCAAGUUUUUUGAUCCUAUUAUUUUAAGACUUCUGAUCGCCAAAUGACUUUUUCAUCGGAAAAGGUAUUUUGUAUCAUCCAUGAACAAUAAGUUUAAAGGUCAAUGGGCGAUUUUGGCGGGGAUACCAGUUCAUUGUCAUUGUAUCAUUGUGCAUUAGAUUAUAGUGUAUUGGGAAUAAGGCUUUUUUGCAAAAAUACAGUUGAAAUUGUGAUAAGUUUUUGUAAAUGCUUGAUGAACGUUUUCUCCACCCUAAUGGGAGAAGGACGGGAGAUGAGGGGAACUACGAUUAUAUUAAAUAUAUAAUAUAUCAAAAUUAUAUAUGUAAUGUAACCAGCUUCGGACGGGAAAACCCAGUGGGAUAUAUAAAGUUUAGUCUUUAAACUCGCGUGCAUUAUAUGUAUUUGCAUGAAAUGUCGAUAUUUCGGUAAUGAUCGAAAAUUGAUCACUGCCCAUUAUAUACCUACAAGCAACUUUUCUACCAGUUCUUUAUAUUGUUUUCAAUUUCUAGCGAAUGCAUAUAUGGUGCGCAGGUAGCUUUUUUACGUAAGGUAUAUGACAACAGUUUUGCCAAAUACUAUAUAAUAGAGUACUUAUAUAUACAUAUAUUAGCUUGUAAGUGAUCGAGCAUGCUGAUUGACGGUAUACACCCACACGGCUAUGUCAAACAAUAAAAUACCUGCAUACGAUAAGAAUUAUAAAAUAGUAAUGUUAAUGAUAAAUAAAGAACACGCCAAAAUCUAGGAAAUUCAAAACAAAAAGAUAUGCAGCUAUUUUUUUUAAUCUGUUACCAUAAAAGUAUGUACGUGCGGCUUCCCAAAAGACAAAAAAGUAUUAAACACGCAUCUUCCAGAAAACAUCUUAGGUAAAUAUAUAUAAAUACAUGUAUAUGAUUAUUAUAUUGAUUGAAACUUACACACUUGUAAUAUUAGAAGGUUUUGUAGAUAUAAGGCAUAUUUUUUAUGUAUGCUUUUUCUGUAUGCGACAAAAAAAAAAAAAAAAUCAAAAAAAAAACUACAAAAAAUCAAUAAAAAUUGAACCAUUU